UCCCACUCCCACCCACCUCCCCGCCACGCUGCUGGCUCAAAAAGUCCUGUUUUCCGUCCCUCCCAGAAACUGAGCUCUGGAGGAGCAGGUCUGCAGCUGUGGGCGGCUGUGCCCCCCACCCAGGGUCCCUGCUCUGGCCCCGCCACGCGUGUCCCUUGCACCUCGUGCCCUCCUUGGCUCACGGGCAGGACAGGGCGAGGACAGGAGGGGUGUCCCUGGCACCCGAAGCUCUCCCCCCACGAUGCCACCCCAUGGAGGGGUGUUUGUGGGUUUCUGGCUGCUGUUGGCCCCCAGUUUUGCCGAGCACACCCCUGGCACAGCGGGGGUCACCCUGGCUUUUGUCUUUGACAUCACUGGCUCCAUGUACGACGACCUGGUGCAGGUGAUGGAUGGGGCCUCGCGCAUCCUGGAGCGGACGCUCGGCAGAAGCACGAAACCCAUCAGCAACUACGCGCUGAUCCCCUUCCACGACCCAGAAGUGGGACCCGCUACCCUCACUGCAGACCCCCGGCUCUUCCAGCAGCGCCUGCGGGAGCUCCACGUCCAGGGUGGAGGGGACUGUCCAGAGAUGAGCGUGGGAGCCAUCAGGCUGGCAGUGGAGGUCUCACACCCCGGCUCCUUCAUCUACGUCUUCUCGGAUGCUCGGGCCAAGGACUAUGAGCAGCAGGAGGAGCUGCUGCGGCUUCUGCAACACAAGCAGACCCAGGUGGUGUUUGUGCUGACGGGAGACUGCGGGGACAGGACUCACCCCGGGUACCGCGUGUAUGAGCGCAUUGCAGCCACCAGCUCCGGGCAGAUCUUCCACCUGGACAAGCAGCAGGUGACCGAGGUGCUGAAGUGGGUGGAAGAAGCCAUCCAGGCCUCCAAAGUCCACUUACUGUCCACGGACCAUGAGGACGGCGGGGAGCACACGUGGCCUGUCCCCUUCGACCCUAGCCUGAAGGAGGUCACUAUCUCCCUGAGUGGCCCAGCCCCAGGGAUUGAGGUCCGGAAUCCAGCAGGAAAGGUCCUCGAGAAAGGCCAGGGUCUGAAGGAACUGCUCAGCAUCCCCAACUCAGCCGUGGUGGUGGCUGUGGAGCCCCGUGAGCCAGGGACGUGGUCGGUCACGACCCAGAGCAGCGGCCGCCACUCGCUGAGGAUCACUGGCAUCAGCAACAUUAAUUUUCAAGCCAGCUUCUCCACCCAGCUGGAGUUUGAUGCCAGCCAGCCCGGAGAGCGGCCGGUGCAGGGUCUGCCCAUCUCCGUGGUGGUGAACUGCACUGGUCUGAAGCCACCUGGGCACUUGCAGGAGAUUGAACUCUUCAACACCUCCGGCCAUGCCCUCCUCUCGCUGCCUGUGCAGCGUCUCUCCAACACCUCCUCAGGGCAGCUCUGGGUGGGCUCGCCGCUCCGCGUCCCCCCUGGUGACUUUCUGCUGAAGGUGAAGGGUGAAGACAGCCAGGGCCACCCUCUGCACCGUCUCUCCGGGGUCACCUACACCAGUGUGGUCCCUGGUCUACCCAAAGUGAACAUCUCUAGCAAGAUCCAGGCUUAUAACCGUGAGCCACAGCUGGUCUCGUGCUCCGUGUGGAGUGAGCUCCCUUUCCGUGUGCACCUCAGCCGGGGUAGGAUGAAGCUUGCGGAAGAGCGGUUCUUCAGGGGCUGGGGGAACGUCAGCUGGUUGAUUCCUGUUGUGUCCAAGAGUGAUGAAGGGUUUUACGAGUGCACAUCCACGAGCAAAGUCGGGGCUACGCGGGCUCACGCCUACAUCUCUGUCUCAGACCCACCGCCACGUCUUAUAGCCCCUGGCAACAUCACUGCUUCACGGGGCCAAGAUGUGGUCCUGUCCUGCCCGGUUCUGAGCGACGUGCCCUACAACCUGACGUGGAGCUGGGACGGGAGGGCAGCGUGGCCAGCGGAUGGACGGACCAGACUGCUGCAGAACCGCUCACUGGAGAUCAGCCACGUGCAGCCAGCGGAUGAGGGCUUGUACGAGUGCAUGGCACGCAGCGCCCGUGGCAGCGCCACCGCCUCCCUCUGGCUCUUUGUGCAGGAGGCGCCGUGGGUGAAGGUGGAUGCCAGCCCGCAGCGUUUCCGCAGAGGCCAGGAGCUGCGGCUGAACUGCACGGCUGGGGGCUACCCGCUGCCCCACACCACCUGGAAGCGCUGGGGCUGGGCGCUGGAGCAGGAUGAGAGGGUUUUCACCGAUGCUCAGGGCACUCUGCACAUCAGAGCUGCUGUCCCAGAGGACGCGGGGAAUUACAGCUGCUACGCUGCCAGCGCACUGGGCUGGGACGAGCAAGCCGUCACUCUGGAGUUCACUGAGUUUCCUGCCAUCCUUGCGGUGACGCCCAGCAUGAAGGCACUGGUAGGAGAAGAUGUGACCCUGGAGUGCUGGGUUUCGGGAGUGCCCCCACCCCGCGUUGCAUGGCACAAAGGCGAGCAGGUGGUGGUGGCAUUCCCACCCGGCACCCAGCGAGGAGUCCUGCGGCUGCAGGCGGUGCGAAAGGAGGAUGCAGGGCAGUACAUCUGCAAGGCUCUCGGCGAGGCUGGCACUGCCUUCAACAGCACCGUGCUGGAUGUGGGGUCUGCCCCUCACUUUCCUGAGCCCCUGGGAGACGUGACGGUCGAGGUUGGGGAGAGCGUGAGCCUACUGUGCCGUGCCGAGGGCUCUCCCCUGCCAUGGGUCACCUGGUCCCGGCGGGAUGGGAAGCCCGUGAUGGGCUGGCACGGGCCACACGGUGUUUCCAGCCAGCUGGAGGCUGCCAAGCUCCUCAUUGACAGUGCCUCUCUGGACGACCAAGCCAUCUACAUCUGCAAAGCCCAGAACGAGUUUGGGAGAAUCCAAGCUGAGGUCAAGCUCACGGUCACUGGACACGCCCCAGAAAUAGCUCUUUCCUCCCCUGUGGUCCGCGCACUCCCGGGUCAGCCUGUGUCGCUGCCCUGCGUGAUCCUGGCUGGGAGGCCGCUCCCAGCGCGCCGCUGGCUGAAGGAUGGGCAGCCGGUAGCCCCAAGCAGCCGCUACACUGUCCGGGCUGAUGGGAGCCUGCAUGUGGACCACGUAUCCCAGGAGGAUGCGGGGAGAUACACCUGUAGGGUGACCAAUGCCCUCGGCUCGCACCAGCUGGAUGUCUCCCUGGUCGUCCAUGUUCCUCCCAGUAUUGAGCUUGGCCCUGUCCUUGUCACCGCCACCGAGGGAGCGGCAGUUGCCCUGCAGUGCAAUGCCACAGGCGUGCCCCCUCCUACUAUCACCUGGGCAAAGGGCACGGAGCCCAUUUCGUUGAGCCCACGCUACCACCUUGACCUCAAUGGGACCCUCCUGAUCCCUUCAUCCUCCCCGGAAGAUGCUGGGACUUACUUCUGCACAGCUACCAACGCAGCAGGCUUCUCCAGCCGGGAGAUGCAGCUCUCCAUCAUCACAAAGCCCAGGAUCAGCGUGAAUGGAUCGCAGGCAUCGGACCCCAUAACCAUCCUGGCUGUGGUUGGGCAGGAGACCACCCUGCCCUGCGAGGUUCAAGGCUACCCCUCUCCCUUGGUGGUGUGGACCCAGGAGUCCCAGCUGCUACCUCUUGCCACUGCGAGAUACAGCAUCCUCUCGUCAGGGUCCCUCCAGCUGGCUGAGCCCCAGGUGACAGACACCGGCCUCUACACCUGCACAGCCACCAACGCAGCAGGGAACGCCUCGCUCAGCUACCGCCUGCGUGUCCAAGCGCCUCCCCAGCUGCUGAUCGGUGAUGGGGAAAGCCACCUGACUGCUGUCACAAAUGACUCCCUGAGGAUUCGCUGUCGGGCCACGGGUGUUCCUGCACCCCAGAUCCAGUGGCUGAAGGAUGGGCAUCCUCUGGGUGAGCAGGACGGUGUGGUGAUCUCUGAGGAUGGUGGGACUCUGCUGAUCACCCGCGUGGGGCUUGGUCACGAAGGGCUCUACAUCUGCCAAGGCAGCAACUGGGCAGGGGCAGCCCAGGCGGAGGUGCAGGUUUCGGUGCAAGUGCCUCCGAACAUCGAACCCAGCGCGGUGGACCUGGCCGUCUUGGAGAACAGCACAGUGUCCCUAGAGUGUCUGGCCUCAGGGCUGCCCGCUCCUGACAUUGCCUGGUACAAGGGGCAUGAACAGGUCUCGACUGGACCGGGCUGGACCCUCUCCAGGGAUGGGAAGCGCCUGGAUAUCCAACGCGCCCAGGUCUCUGACACUGGCAGCUACCACUGCGUGGCCUCCAACGUAGCCGGUGUUGCGAAGCUCUGGUACAGCCUGCGGGUGACUGUGCCCCCGCGGAUCACAGCUAGCCCCAGAUCCCUCACGGUGGUGGUGAACGAGCCGGUGAUGCUGGAGUGCAAUGCCACAGGGGUCCCAGUUCCAGUGCUGUUGUGGCUGAAGGAUGGCAAUCCAGUGCCCAGCAUGGGGGUGGAUGGCGUGCAGAUCCUCUCUGGUGGACGCGUGCUGUCUCUGCCCACUGCCCACCUCCAGGACUCCGGGACAUACACGUGCAUAGCCACCAGCACCGUGGGUGAAGACAGACGUGAGGCCACCCUCGAGGUGCAGUUACCCCCCACCACCCUGGGCGAGGAGGAGAACGUCUCUGUCAUCAUCAAUCAGCCAGUGACUCUGGACUGCCCGGCUCCUGGGGUCCCCUCUCAGGGGUCCCGCUGGCUGAAGGAUGGGAACUUGCUCACCCCAAAGCCGGGCGUGCAGCUGUCUGCAGGGGGGACCAAGUUCCAGAUGGAGCGAGCCACCAUGCAGGAUGCAGGCAGGUACACGUGCCGGGUGCCUGGUCACCCGGAGAGACACUACAACCUCGACGUGUGGGUGCCCCCGUCCUUCUCCUCGGCAGAGCCUGUCACCGUGUCCAUGCUGGAGGGGGAGUCCGUUAGGUUGGCCUGCGAGUGCCAUGGGAUCCCCUUCCCCACCCUGAGCUGGUGGAAGGAUGGUGAGCCCCUCUCCACUCAGCCUGGAAGCCCGAAGCUGGUGUCCACGGGAGGGACCAUGCUGUACAUCGAGAAGGUACAACUGGUGGACAAGGGGACGUACACCUGCGAGUGCAAGAAUGCCGCUGGCAGCAUCAGCAAGGAGCAUCUCCUGGAGGUGAAUGUGCUGCCGACGAUCCAGGGCAGCAGCAAAGCUCCAAGGAAGGUUUCUGUCAUCAAGGCUAGUGAGACAGUUCUGGAGUGCAAAACCACGGGGACGCCACCACCCACAGUGACGUGGAUGAAGGACGGGCAGCCUGUGGCUGGUGGGAAUGGGCUUCUGCUCACGGAGCAGGGGACCCGGCUGCGCAUCCUCAAGGCAGAGGUGGCCCUUGCAGGGCGCUACGCUUGCCUGGUGACGAACACUGCAGGGCAGGAGCAGAGAGAGUUCGACGUUGUGGUGCACGUUCCUCCUGAGUUCAUUCAAGGAUCAAGUUUGACAACAAAUGUCAGUGUGUCUCUGCAUGAAACCCUGACACUGACCUGCGAGGCCACCGGCGUUCCCCUGCCCACAGUCACCUGGACCAGGGAAGGCUCCCCUGUCACCCCCAGUGAGCACAUACAUGUGCUUUCAGGAGGCUGGGUGUUGAGGCUCACCCGUGUACGAACCCAGGAUGGUGGCCACUACUCUUGCCUGGCCAGGAACAUAGCUGGAGAGGCCAGGAGGCAUUUCCAUGUGGACAUCCUAGUUCCUCCCCACAUCGAGAAUGCAGAUGAAGAAGAGACCAUCAAAGUACCCGAGGGUCACUCUGCCACCUGGUCCUGCCUGGCUGCAGGCAACCCCCAGCCCACGCUCACCUGGCUGAAAGACGGCCACCCUCUGCCUGACAAAGACACCUUCUCCAUCUCCCCUGGAGGAUCCGUGUUCCACAUCCCCCAAGCCUCCCUGCCCGACGGUGGCCGCUACUCCUGUGUGGCCUCCAGCGCUGGGGUGAAUCAAACCAAGCACUACCUGCUAGAUGUUUCAGCCGCUCCUACAUUUGCUGGAGAUGCCCACGAUGCCACCACAGAAGAAGUCACGGUGAAAAUCAACAACCCGAUCUCCCUCGUCUGCGAGGCUCUGGCACACCCAUCUCCCAACAUCACCUGGCUCAAGGAUGAGGUUCCCCUCAAAGAGUCUAGAAACGUCCACCUGCUUCCUGGUGACUAUGGGCUGCAGAUCCUGAAUGCCCAGGAGGAGGACGCGGGCACGUACAGCUGCAUCGUGGCCAAUGAAGCUGGGGAGGCUGUGAAGAACUAUGCUGUGAAGGUCUUGGUUCCUCCUUGGAUUGCCAGAGAUGACCCUUUGGGGGAAUUUGCUAUGAAAGAGGUGAAAGCCAAGGUCAACAGCACGGUGAUGCUGGAGUGCGAGACCUGGGCUGUGCCUGAGCCGACGAUCCGGUGGUACAAGGACAAGCAGCUCCUGGAAAGCACUGACCACCUCCACAUCCUCAGCGAUGGGCAGGUCCUUCAGAUCAAACCAGCUGGUGUCUCAGAUUCGGGACACUACACUUGCGUGGCCAUCAAUGCUGUGGGUGAAGAUGCCAGGGACUUCAUUGUGCAUGUCCAAGUGCCACCCCUCUUCCAGCAGCAGACAGAUCCCACUGAAGCCUUUGAGAUCUUCUAUCGGGAGGAAGACCAGGAUGGGGAGGUGACGGAGCAUCGGCAGGCUGUGCUCCACCAGCCCACUGCACUCUAUUGCGACACCAAUGCCAUCCCACCCCCCAGGCUCACCUGGUACAAGGAUGGGGAGCCUCUUUCCCCUGGCCCCGGCGUGCUGAUGCUGCUAGAGGGUCGGGUGCUGCAGCUGACCGCCGUGCGGGAGGAGGAUGCAGGCAGGUACACCUGCGAGGCGGCCAACGCGGCGGGCCAGGACCGCCUGCACUACGAGCUGGAGGUGCUAACUGCACCGGUCAUCCACGGUGGCACGGAGGACCUGGUUGAGGAGGUAACAGCCACCAUCAAUGGUACCGUCCGCUUCAAGUGUGAAGCCACUGGGCACCCGAUGCCCGUGAUGUCCUGGCUCUGGAAUGAAGUCCCCAUUGUUGCUGGCCCACGGCACCAGCUCCUGGAAGGUGGCACUGUCCUGCAGGUCACCGCGGUGGAGGGGAGUGAUGCUGGCAGCUACACGUGUGUGGCUGAGAACCCAGCUGGCGCAGCGGAGAAACACUUUGCACUUACUGUGCAGGAACCUCCCUGGAUUGUGGGUGCAAACCCUGAAAGCGUUGAUGGCAUCGUCGAUGGGAGCAUCUCGCUGCCGUGCGAUGUUCGAUCCCACCCUGCUGCGAAGAUUGCCUGGUACAAGGAUGGCCGCAUCCUGCAGCUUGGCGAAGAGGUGACGAUCACCUCAGGCUCCCGUGUGCUGCAGCUCCCUCGCCUGCAGCUUUCCAGCUCGGGCACAUACACGUGUGUGGCACUGAGCGAGACUGGCCGCGAUGAGAAGAGCUUCAUCCUCACCGUCCGUGGGCCCCCAGGAAUUGAGGACCGGCAGCAGGAGACACUCCACGCUGAUGUGGGGAGCCCCCUCGUCCUGACCUGCCACGCGAGCGGUGUGCCCGUGCCCACUGUCACCUGGCUGAAGGACGGGAGCCCUCUGGAGAGCCGCCUGGAGCAGGGUCUGGUGUCCCGAGCAGGGCAGCUCCAGCUCAGCCCCCUGCAGCCCUCCCACCAGGGCCAAUACACAUGCUUAGCGCAGGGCUCGGGCGUCAAGAUGCGCAAGGACUUCAUGGUGCUGGUGCGAGUGCCACCCCGGAUCACCAGCAUGGGGGUCCCCAGUGAGCACAGUGUGCUGGAGGGCGGAGGGGUGAGGCUGGAGUGCCGGGCAGAGGGGCAACCCAGCCCUCAGAUCUCCUGGCUGAAGGAUGGGCAGCCCCUGCGGCUGCAGGCUCUUUCACAUGCCCGGAUGUCCCCGGAUGGCAGCUCCCUGCUCCUUGAGGGUCUCCAAGCUGCUGACUCGGGUGCAUACACCUGCCUGGCCAGGAACAGUGUGGGCGAAGACGCACAACUGCACACGCUGACUGUGCUGGUCCCUCCCGCCAUCGAGAGAGGUGCCGAUGACUCGGAGGUGGUCCAUGGCAUCCUGUCUGCAGCGGUGAUGCUGGAGUGCCGGGCGCGAGGGUCUCCUCCUCUGCAUGUGAGCUGGCUGAAGGAUGGGCUGCCCCUGCGCCUGUCCCCCCGCAUCACCCUGCUCUCAGAUGGGCACGUCCUCCGGAUCUCCCAGGCACAGACCUCUGACGAUGGGCUCUACACCUGCGUUGCCUCCAGCCAGGCAGGAGUGGCAGAUCGCAGCUUCGUCCUACAGAUACAGGUGCCCCCCGUCCUGGAGAGCCCGGAGAGCAGUGAGGAGCAGGUGGUGUCUGAGGGCUCCGAUGUCACCUUCACCUGUGAAGCCACUGGGUCCCCAGCACCAGUGGUGACCUGGCUGAAGGAUGGCGAGCCCCUGGCGUGGCACAGCAACGGGGUGCCAGGCAGCCCGCGGCUGAGCCUGGUGGCCGUGGGGCCAGCUGAUGCAGGGGUGUACUCCUGCCUGGCAGCCAACGAGGUGGGGGAGGCCAGCAAAGCCUUCCACCUCCUGGUGAUGGAGCCUCCCCGUGUCGAGGCUGGAUCCCAUCCCACUGAGAUGUCUAUGGCUGUGGGUACCCCAUUAGAGCUGACGUGUGUGGUGACGGGUGUCCCCAUGCCCACUGUCACCUGGGAGAAGGAUGGGCAGCUGCUGGCAGGGCCCUGGAUCGUGUCAGGGAAUGAGAGCACCCUCCACAUCAAGAGCACAAAGGUGGCUGAUGCGGGCUUGUACACCUGCCUGGCCACUAGCCCCGCUGGGGAGGACAGCAGGAGCUUCCACAUCAGCAUCCAAGCACCUCUUGACAUUGCAAGCGUUGGAGAGACCCCCAGUAUCACCGCUGUGGCAGGAGGGCAGCUCAUCCUGGAGUGCCCCGAGGAUGCUGUGCCACCCUCCCACGUUGAGUGGCACUGGGAGGGCUCCCCGCUGCAGGAGGAUGCCCGCAGGCAGGUCCUGGCCGAGGGGCGCUUCCUGCAGAUCCGUGAUGUGGGGGCGGCGGAUGGUGGGGAGUACAGCUGCAGGGCCACCAACGCGCUGGGGGACAUCAGCCUGCGCGUCCAGGUGGAGGUUCACGUGGCCCCGGAGAUCCAGCCGGGCCCUGAGGAGGUGAGGGUGCUGCUGAACGGCUCGGUGGUGCUGCCGUGCCAGGCAGAGGGGUGGCCCAUUCCCCAGGUGACCUGGCGGAAGGAUGGCCAGCUCUUGCCUCUCCAUGGGAGCAACAGGCUGCAGCUCCUGCCCGGAGGUUCCCUGCAAAUCAAGCCCAUUCGGGUCCAGGAUUCGGGUUAUUACCUCUGCAUGGCAUCCAGCCCUGCUGGCUCUGAUCGGCGAGGCCUGGAUCUCCAUGUCCUGGUCCCUCCUGCCAUCACCCCCGGGCCCUCCAACCUCACCCUGCUGGCUCAGCAGCCGGUCACGCUGGGCUGUGAAGCCUGGGGAACCCCCAAGCCUCAUAUCAAGUGGGAGAAGGAUGGUCGCCUCCUGAACCCACAUCUGCCUGGUGCCUACAGUUUGCAGUCCUCGGGGUCACUGCUCAUCACCAGCCCCAGCCCUUGGGAUGAGGGGCGGUUUGAGUGCAUCGCCACCAGUGCUGCUGGAGAGGCACGCAAGGUCUUCCUUGUGUCCAUACAUGUACCUCCCACCAUUGCCGAUGAUGUUACAGAUGUGGUUGUCACCCGGCUGUCCCCUGCGGUCCUCACCUGCUACGCAUCCGGCGUGCCCCCACCCGCGGUGUCAUGGAGCAAGGAGGGGGCUCAGCUGGGCAGCCGAGGAGGGGGCUACCGCAUCCUGCCCACAGGGACCCUGGAGAUCAGGCAGGCGCUGCCUGUUCACGCUGGCCGCUACACCUGCACAGCAAGGAGCGCUGCUGGCACAGCCCGAAAACACAUCCGGCUCGCAGUGCAUGAGCCUCCUGCCUUGAAGCCCCUGCCUGGCAUGGUGAUGGUGAUGGUCAACACCAGCGCAGUGCUGUCCUGCGAGGCGACUGGGGUCCCCCGGCCAGACAUCACCUGGCAGAAGGAUGGUGUCAGCAUCGCUGGAGGGCCUGGAAUGAAGGUGCUCCGCAAUGGGCAGCUCCAUUUCCUCCGGGCAUCCCCCGCGGAUGCAGGCACCUACAUGUGCGUGGCACACAACCCCUCGGGCACUGCAGCAGGCAGGACCAGGCUGAUUGUGCAAGUGCCCCCCAUCAUUGCGGCUGGCCCAGCGGAACUGGCUGUCCUGGAGGGGCUGGAGGUGCUGCUGCCCUGUGCUGCCCGCGGUGUCCCUGAGCCUCGCGUGUCCUGGAGCCGGGAGGGAGCCCCGGUGCAAGGCGGUGGGAGAAAAGCCACCGUCCUGCCCUCUGGGGAGCUGCUGCUCCAGGAUGUCCAGGAAGGGGAUGCCGGGAGCUAUUCUUGCACAGCAGUGAACUCGGCUGGGAGGGCUGUUCGCCAGCUUUCCCUCUCCGUUCACACCUUGCCCACCUUCACUCACCUGCCCGGAAACGUCACCUUGAGUCGGGGCGAGAGGCUGGAGCUGGUGUGCGGUGCUGCGGGCAGCCCCCAGCCUCGUGUCUCCUGGAUGGCCAAUGGGCAGCUCAUCGCUGAUGUUGUAUCAGGGCAGAGUGGACAGAGCACCCUGCGACGGGACGCAGCCUCCGAUGCAGACCGUGGGACCUAUGUCUGCCAAGCUGAGAACAGCGCUGGUUCCAUCAGGGCCACCGCCUUUGUCUCCAUCAGAGAGACACCCAUCAUACAGGGAGACCCCAGCACCUACCAAGUGGAACCCACCGGGGGCGAUGCCCUCCUUGACUGUGAUGCCCGGGGUCACCCUGCACCUCUCAUCCGCUGGAGCAAGGAUGGGGUGCGGGUGGCAGCUGAUGGACGACUGGAGCAGCUGCAGAAUGGCUCCCUGACCAUCCGUGCUGUGCGGAGCACCGACGCCGGGCACUACCGCUGCGUGGCUGAGAAUGAUGCGGGCAUGGCAGCAAAGAUGGUCACCCUGGCCCUGCAGAGUGCCCCCGCUGUGGCGGUGAUGCCACGAGCAGUGGUGGCGCGUGCCGGGCAGCGGGUGCUGCUGCACUGUGCCGUGUCGGGGGAGCCCACCCCGUCCGUGGAGUGGCAGAGGGAUGGUGAGCCGCUGCCCGACGGUCCCCAUGCUCGUGUCCUGCCCAACGCCACGCUGCUCCUGCCCGCCGCUGCCCUCCACGAUGUUGGCAGCUACUCCUGCCACGCUCACAAUGCCCUGGGGUCUGCUGUCGCCCACGCCUCCCUGGUGGUCCAAGGGGAACCACGCCGGGUGCGGGGCAGCCUGGUUGGAGUCAUCAACACCCACGAGCUCAGUAUCGCCAGCAUCGAUGCCAGCGUGCUGCACGAUCCACACUCCGGCACUGCCACCAUCCGGAGCAGCAUCAGCAACAUCUCACCUGCUGUCGGGCCGCUGAUGCGGGUGCUGGUUGCCAUCAUCGCCCCAAUUUACUGGUCCCUGGCACACACUGGUGGGGAGACCCAGAGUGGGUUCCUGCUCACCCGGGACACCUUCCGGCACGAGUCCCAGCUGGAAUUUGCUACAGGGGAGCUCCUGCGGGUCACCCACCUCACCCGGGGCACAGAUGCCACCGGUGCUCUGCUGCUGAACAGUGCGAUCAGCGGCUCUGUGCCAGAGAGCAUCGGCGAGGCUGCAGUGCUGCUGAAGGACUUCAGUGAGCGCUAUGUGCAGACGGGCGCAGGGCAGCUCUCGGGGAGCUCAGUGCACAGCUUCCUGCGGGAUGGACGCUUCACCCGUGUCCGCUGCAAUCACACUAUUGUGUAUGACCCCCCCGCGGGCCAGCGGCCCCCCCGGGUGCAGCGCCUUCGUGCCAGCGCCGUCAAAGCCACCUAUGACCCAGCCUCAGAGGAGCUCCGCUUCCAGCUCCGUGUCUCGCUUGAUGCUGGGGCCAACAGUGACCAGUGCCCACCAGGAUUCACGCUGGGCCCUCAGCAGCUGUACUGCGUUGAUGUUGACGAAUGUGCUGAGGGGUCCCACGUCUGCCGUUACAAUCAGCUCUGCCAGAACACCGCAGGGACGUACCACUGCGCCUGCCCCUCCGGCUACCACUCGCUGGGUGCCGGCUGGCCGUGCUUGGAUGUAAACGAGUGCCUGCAGUCUCCUCCACCGUGUGCCUUCGAGUGCCGCAACCUGCCGGGCUCCUACGAGUGCCUGUGCCCUCCGGGCAGCACCCUGCUGCCGGGUGGCAAGUGUGGAGCAGCAGGAGGGGAUGGAGGGGCUGCGAUGGGCAGCACCCCCCGGGACCUCCUCCUGAGCUGGCUGGGGCCAAGCAGCCACCUCCGGGGACGGUCCUUCUUCACCCAGCUCGCCCUCCGCCGCGUGGCAAAGGCUGCAGGGCUGGGUGCCAGGGCUCCCUCCUGCCCCAGGGGCUUCAUCAGAAGGAAUGCUACCUGCACCGACCUUGACGAGUGCCAGAUGCCGAACCAGUGCCAACACGAGUGCAGGAACAGCCCCGGCAGCUACCGCUGCAUCUGCCCUCCUGGCUACCGGCUGCUGCCCAACGGGAAGACCUGCCAAGGUCAGUGUGGGGGUGUUGGGGGGGUGCCCUGCCCUGGCAGGGUGCCCAUGUCCCUCACAGUGUGGACCCAGUCCCCACAGCGCCCCGGAUGUCAUUCCUUUGGGGCUGCAAGUCUUUCUCCAUCCCGGGGAGGGUUGUCUCCAGGCCACCACGCUUGGGUGCUUUCACCCUGCUGCCCCAGUGUCCAGCACCCCAGGCAGGGUGUGGAAAGGUCGGAGAGCCAGGAUUUGAAUCCCAAUCUCUGCCCAGGGCACAUGAGCACGCUCGGACCUAUCCCCUCUCUGCCCACAGACAUAGAUGAGUGUGUGGAGGGCACAAUCCAGUGUGGCUCAGAUCAGAUGUGCUUCAACACCCGCGGAAGUGCCCAGUGUGCGGAUGUGCCGUGCCCGGCUGGGUAUCAGAGAAGCUCCAGCCCUGGGCUGUGCGUUGGCCGCUGCACCCCAGACUGCGGCUCAGCUGGUCCCCCAACGCUGCAGUACAAGCUGCUCACCCUGCCCCUCGGCAUCGCUGCCGGCCGUGACGUGGUGCACCUCGCCCCGGGUGCUGCCCUUCACCACCGCCCCGACUUCACGCUUCUGGAGCGGGAGCCUGGCAGCCCCUUUGCCCUCCGCACCGAGCGGGGCCGUGGCAUCAUCUCCACCCUGCGCCCGCUGCGGGACCCCGGCACCCACCGCCUCAAGGUGCAGGCGCUGGCCCCGGGCGGGCGACGGGCACCCAGCAUCUUUCUCAUCAUCAUCUCCGUCUCACCCUACCCCUACUGACACAGCUGAGGGACAGGAGGGGACACGGCAUCACUUCUCCUCCUGUCCCUCAUCACCGUGCCGGUGCAAGCACGUGGCUCAGCGAGAGCUGAGCUUGCACCUUUCCUCUCUCCUCCUAGACACCCCCUUGCUUUCCUCUGCCCCCCCAGACCCUGCCUGCAUUGCCUUCACCUGGGCCAGUCCCUGACUCAGCAGGGUCUUGGGGGGGAUGACAAGAUGUUCUUCUAGUCUCUUGCAAUCAGGUUUUAUUGCAACCCUGCAACGGCAGCCCCGGAGCAAACACAGCUCUGGAUGGCCUUGGUCACUAUCAGCCUUGAGAUAGAGGUAGAGGGAUGAUAAGCAGGGUGACAGGGUCCAGUAAGGUUCCCCUGGGGAUGGCACAGAGCACCUGGCAUUAACCAUAUAUUAAAUUGAAAUAGCCUUGUGUUCCAUUUUUUUAAUCUACUUGGUUUCUGUGCACAUAUAUUUAUUUAUGGUUUUGUUCCAAAUAAAGGUGUUUUGUGGAUAAAUA